CAAAAUGUUGGCUAUGGUGUAAAAAUUCAGAUGGUUUAAUAGAUACAAAGUAUGGAAAAAAACAAAGUUUAAGACCAGUAUGUUUAUUUGGUGAUAAAGCUGUCAAUACAAAAAAUGCUGCUGAAAAUGAGUCAUUACUUGAUACAGUUAUCGAUUAUGGAAAACAAUGUACGGAUAAUUAUUCCAAUAUUACUUCUUUAACUACAGAUUCUAUUAAUAAUUAUGAAAAUUCAUAUUCUUACAACACCAUUGAUGAAUGGAUCAAUGGUAUUGAACCAUACGAGUUCCAAGUUGAUAAUAAUAAUAUUAUUAUUCCUGUUGAUAAUCAUUUUGAAGUGCCAAUUCCAGUAAUUUCUGAAGAUGAAUUGCUGAGUUCAAAAAUAGAUUACCAAGUAAUAGCUAGUGGUGAAACUCUUAGUGUGGACAGUUCAUCAAAAUUAGUAGUUGGUAGUUUAGAAGAUAAAGAACAAAAAAACAAUGAAUCAAAUGCAUUGAAUCUUCUUUGUGCUGAUUAUGCAAAUUCAAGUUCUUGCUCUUACACUGAAGUAGAUGAAACAAUAGAGACACCUUCUAAUUCAGAAAAAAAAAGAAAAAAGAAAUCCAGUCCUUCUUUAUGGACAAGAAAUAUAAACAAGCAAAAAAGAGUUUCUGGUAAAUCGUACGUUGAUAGAUCUGGUAAAUUAAUUAAACGUAAAGAACCAAAAGAUAUUAAUUGUUCUAAAUGUAGGUUCAGAUGUUCAGAAAACUUUAAUAGUUUUUUACGUUUGGAAAUAUGUUCAGAUUAUUGGGACCUAGGUGAUACAACUCGUCAAAAAAAUUAUAUCUGUUCACUUGUUACUGAACUUCCUGUUAAACGUCGUCGACCAAGAACAAAAAGUCAAAUUGAAAAAAAAAGUGGAGAACCAGAGUAUAAUUUAGAUGAUGAUUUAGAUUUAAAUGAAGCAAUUGACAAUAACCAAGAAAACCAGAGAGCUGUUUCUCGUGAAUAUUUUUUAUUAAAUUCUUACAGUGAAAAAUAUCGUGUUUGCCAAAAAUUUUUUUGUGCAACUUUGAACAUUACUUUCCCUGUGGUCAAUAAUGCUCUAAAAAAUUGUAAUGAUUUCGGAAUGUAUACAGGGAUUGAUGGAAGAAAAGGUCAAGUAGCAUGGAAUAAAUUACCAAUAGAAAAAACUAAUAAAGUAAAAAACCAUAUUAAUUUAUUUCCAAGAGUUGAAUCUCACUAUUGCCGCCAUGAUAGUUCUAAACAAUAUUUGUCAUCUGACCUUAAUAUUUCAAUUAUGUAUAGGCUUUAUUGUGAACAAAUUAAGACUGAAAAUUAUAUGAUAUCACCCGAGCAUCAGGAGAUACCAGUAAAUAUCAACAUUUACAGAAAAAUAUUUAAUGAAUAUGAUCCAAAAUUAGGAUUUUAUAUCCCUAAAAAAGAUCAAUGCACUAAAUGCAAUAUAUUUAAAGCAGCUAGUGAAGAACAACAGAUUUUACUAAGACCAGAAUGGGAACAGCACAAAGAGAGAGAGAAAGAAGCCAUGACAAGCAAAACUGAAGAUAAACAAAAAGCUAUUGACAAUAAAGGAGUCAACUUUCGCUCUAUUACAUUUGAUUUGCAGGCAAUUUUGAAUUUGCCUUAUGCAGGAGACUCUCAAAUUUAUUAUAUGCGAAAAUUGUCUGCAUAUAAUUUUACUAUUUUUGAAAAUCCUAAUGCCCAUGGAUACUGUUACCUGUGGGAUGAAAGUAAUGGAAGUAAAGGUUCGUCUGAAAUUGGAAGUUGUAUCUUACAAUAUUUAUAUUCUUUGCCAGAUAGUGUGUCACAUGUAUCUACAUUCUCGGAUACUUGCGGUGGACAGAAUCGUAACAAGAAUGUAGCUGCUGCAAUGUUAUAUGCUGUGAGCAACAUUGAUCAUUUGAAAAUUAUCGAUAUGAAAUUUAUGGAGUCAGGUCACUCCUAUUUAGAGGCAGAUUCGAUGCACUCUACUAUUGAGCGAGCAAGGAAGCAUAAAAAAAUCUACACAACCCAAGAAUGGUCAUUACUUCUUCAAACAGCUAGACAGAAACCACGACCUUAUAAUGUGAAAACCAAUGAUUUUACUGCAUUUUAUGAUCUCCAAGAUUUGUCUUCAAAAUUAUGUUGGAACCGAUUUGUAGAUGGAACAGCAAAUCAAAAAAUGAAAUGGCUUUUAGUCAAAUGGUUAAGGUUUGAUAAAGAAAACCCUUACUUAAUUAAAUUCAAAUAUAAAUUAAGUCAGGAUGAUUUUUAUACUAUUGACGUUUCUAAAAAAAAUGUCAGUUUUCUUGAGUUAGCUCCGAAGUAUAAAAAACAACAACCAAUUAGUGAAGAAAAAAAAAAAGAUUUGAUGAAACUUCUUAAAGAUGGCGUUAUACCACCUAUUUACAGUCAUUAUUACCGUAGUUUUAAAUGCUAUAAAAAAAGUAACCAUGUUCCUUUAAAUUCAGAAAAGUCUGAGGAGACUGAUGAUGAAAACUAUUGAUCUCAUACAUCAAUUAUUAUUAUUAAUAGUUUUUAAAUAUUGUUACUAUUUUAAUUAGCAAAAUUAUAAUUGGUUUUGUUAGUUAUUUAUAUUUGAUUGUACUUUGCUUAAUCUCAAGGAAGAGGCUUUAAUUUUAUUAUAUUUUAAUCUUAAAUGUAAUAGGUAUAAUGUUACAUUUGAUUCUGUUAAUUGAAGAUAUUUUAUUAAAAGUGUUACUGUUUUAAUUAGCAAAAUUAUAAUUGGUUUUGUUAGUUAUUUAUAUUUGAUUGUACUUUGCUUAAUCUCAAGGAAGAGGCUUUAAUUUUAUUAUAUUUUAAUCUUAAAUGUAAUAGGUAUAAUGUUACAUUUGAUUCUGUUAAUUGAAGAUAUUUUAUUAAAAGUGUUACUGUUUUAAUUAGCAAAAUUAUAAUUGGUUUUGUUAGUUAUUUAUAUUUGAUUGUACUUUGCUUAAUCUCAAGGAAGAGGCUUUAAUUUUAUUAUAUUUUAAUCUUAAAUGUAAUAGGUAUAAUGUUACAUUUGAUUCUGUUAAUUGAAGAUAUUUUAUUAAAAGUGUUACUGUUUUAAUUAGCAAAAUUAUAAUUGGUUUUGUUAGUUAUUUAUAUUUGAUUGUACUUUGCUUAAUCUCAAGGAAGAGGCUUUAAUUUUAUUAUAUUUUAAUCUUAAAUGUAAUAGGUAUAAUGUUACAUUUGAUUCUGUUAAUUGAAGAUAUUUUAUUAAAAGUGUUACUGUUUUAAUUAGCAAAAUUAUAAUUGAUUUUGUUAGUUAUUUAUAUUUGAUUGUAUUUUGUUUAAUCUCAAGGAAGUGAUUUUAAUUUUAUUAUGUUUUAAUCUUUAUUGUAAGGUAUAAUGUUACAUUUGAUUUUGUUGAUUAAAGAUAUUUUAUUAAAAGUGAGAA